UGAUACCCUACACACCCCUCACACACAAGAUGCAUACAGCAAUAAACAGUCGCUUAGCUGUGUGUCUUUGAAAGGUUAGGAUUGCUUUGUAGACUCGUUAAUCUCCUAACUGGCCAAUCAAUCAUGUCUGGAAGGAGUGCAAGUACGUCUACUCCAAGCCUCGGACUGAGCGAGCUCCGAGAGUGGCUAGAAACACUGGGGCUGUCACUGGUACCUGAAGAAGACACGCCCGUCAAAGAACAGCUAAGAGACGGCGUCUUACUCUGCCAGUUAGUCAACAAAUUACGACCUGGGAGUGUGGAAACUAUUAAGGUAAAGAGGUCGAGUGGUAACGCUGAGGAGAAUGUGUUGAGGUUCCUGCAGGCCUGCACCACACUGGGAGUAAAGAGGAUAUUCAGGCCAAUUGAUCUUCUAGACGUGUCUAAGGACUUUAACACUGUUCUGGUCACACUCUCAUUUCUCUACAACAUUGCAUCUGAUAUGGGCCUUGGUCUCAGCUUGUGUCGUAAGCCCCAGACCAAUGGGUCGUCGGUAGGUGAGGGGAGCAGUGGAGAGGAGGACAUUGAUGAGGAGGUGGUGAAUGAUGUCGUGCAAGGAGAGGAGGUCGUCAGAGCUGUCUAUUCCUUCAGUGGGUCCAACGAAGAUGAGCUCCAGUUUGAGAAGGGUGAUCUGAUCACCGUGACCAACAAGGUGGAGGGUGGAUGGUGGGAGGGGGUGUGCAAUGGAAAGGUCGGCUGGUUCCCUGGCAACUAUGCUGAAGCUUUCUCUGGAGAUCCCACUAGUCCACAGGAAGGGGAAGAGGACAGUGCCCAUCACUACCACAACCUCGUGGUCAAGAAUAUUCUGGACACUGAGAGAACCUACGUUCACGAGUUACAUACCAUGCUCUCUGUCUACCUCUUCCCCCUCAAGACAGCCAAUGUUGUGACCUCUAAAGAGGUGGACCAUUUGACUGGUAACCUCCCAGAGCUGAACAGAUGGCAGCAAGCAUUCUUCAAGUCUUUGGAGGAUUGCUCUAAACUGCCAGUACCUCAACAGAACAUUGGCACCAUCUUCCUCAAGAUGUCCCAAGAGAUGGAGGUCCUGUACACUACUUAUUGUGCCAACCACCCUCUGGCUGUUGCCGUACUCACUGAGAACUCUGAUCGACUGUCAACAUUCAUGGAGUUAAAGGGAUCACCCAGUCCAGGCAUGCUCACACUCACUUCCAGUCUCAGCAAGCCGUUUCGCAGACUGGAGAAGUAUCCCGCCCUGCUCAAAGAGCUGCAGAGACAUCUCAUUGAGGGUCAUGCUGACGCAGACAAUGUCAUUUCAGCCAUCGAUUCAUACAAUGCCAUUUCAAAACGGACGCAGGAGAUCCGCAAGCGCAAGGAGAUGGAGCACGAAAUGCUCUCCAACCCAGUCAAGGGGUUCAGUGGCAGCAAUCUCAAUGAGCUGGGAGAGUGUGCCUGUGUCAUCACUGCCAACCAGGCCAUGAGUGCCGAGGAGAUUGAGGAGGUGUUCUAUCUCGUCUUCCCGUCUACCUUUGUCAUUCUGGCGGUUGGCUCCAGUCUCAGCGGCUACGAGUUGAAGAACAGCUUCCCCCUAGCGUCAGUAUCACUGAAGAAGGGCCAGCACACAGAGCACUGGCCGUGGUCUGUUGAGAUCCUCCAUCGCCAGGAGACCAUCCACGCCUCCCUCGCCUGUGAGAGGGACAUGAACUGUCUCGUGGAGUGUGUUGGGCGACAAGAGGGCGUGCCCAACAAGGUCAGCUCGAGAGCUGGUAGCAUCACCGCUAAGUCCCCCGGGAUCUUUCGCUCUGCCUACCCCACUAGAACCACUCGAAGUUCCUCUGUACCCAUACACAGGGAGCACCACUGGGGGUUCAAGUCACUGAGACCACCCGCCCCCCUCAAAACACAACAGCUGCUCGCUCUACGAGAGAGGGAUAACAAGAGCCCAAAAUCUUCUAAGAAAUUCAUUUAUCCAGCAAAGAAGAAGAGGAGCUCGAAACAUAUUGAUGAGUUGAUGGCAACGGCCGGUGUGUCCAAGGGUCCGGUAGAGAACAAGCCUGGGGACACAUCCAUCCUCCGAGUCAUUGAGGCAUACUGUGCCUCAGGGAAGGCCAUCUCUAACAUACAGUCUGAGCACCCCCUCACGUACACUAAGCCUCGAGGCAAAUCACUUAGUGGUUCCCGUCAUUUUCAUGGCACGACACUGCCUCACAACUUGAGCAAGGGGGCCCAGUCUUCAUUCCUGGACGAUAAAACCGCUCGAUCUGACUCCAAGAGCAAGAGCUCCACUCUCCCUGGCCAUCGUCACUCCCCCAGCUCCCCCCACCACCCAACGGGGUUUGCUAACCUUGGACUACCAGGAUAUCCUUAUCGCUCCCCCUCCCCCGUCCUCCUCUCUGAUCCCAGUGGGGACACUAGUGUGACCGUUGUACACUCCUCAAAGUCGAGUUCAUCAUCGAAACGAUCUUUAUUUCGAAGGAGAGCAGAGAGUGUGGACAAUUACAGCAAACGAUAAUUAAUGUGUUAUUCGUUAUUCGUUUCGUUGUUGUUGUGAAUACACUGUGUUGUGUGUAUAUAGUGGCUGCUUUUGUAGUAGCUUCAUAGUCACAUGACACCACAUCACAGUUGAUCACCAUACGUACCUCAUUAGAAUGGCUUAUCUUUAUCUCUUGUACCCUUGUUCAUUUAAAGUGCACCUCCCAUACAACACUUACCCUUCAUGUUUACAUACAAAUGUUGAUGCUAAAAGUG